AAGCCACUCUCGCCACGCCGACACGAACACGUGUACACGACGCGACGCCGGCGGCGGCGGCAGCCAUGGAGCCCGCGGCGAUGGACCGCAUCGCCGGCCGCCUCGCCGCCGUAGACGGCCUCUACUACCCGACCACCUUCCUCCUCGCCGACCCGCCGCCGUCCGCCCCGGACCGCAAGGCCGCCCUCCUCGCGCUCCUCUCCCGCGACGCCCCGCUCUUCCUCGAGCGCUACGGCGGGUCGCUGUCCCGCGACGAGCUCGCCGCCUUCGACGCGCUCGCCGGCGACUACGAGGUCGGCUGGCACCUCCGCCGCCUCCGCGCGGCCUCCGAGGGGGGCCCCUCCGCGUCCCGCGUCCGCAACCGCCGCCGCGCCUACCUCGACCGCCUGGUGCGCGAGGGGGAGUACUUCUCCGAGGAGGCUAUGCGGGAGCGGGAGCCAUACCUGCACCACGAGUACCUUGGCAGGUUCCAGGAUCCCACGGGACGGGCCAUGGCGAGGCCGGGGGAGCGGUGGUCCGAGACGCUGAUGCGGCGGGCUGAGGAGGCCGUGAUCGUUGAGAAGAUUCGAGGGGAGCAGAUUAGGAGAGGGGUUGAUCCCAGCGAGUGGGUAGGUGGUGGCGCUGAGGAGGCCAUGGAGGAGCAGGAAGAGGAGGAAGAAGAAGAAGAGGAGGAGGAGGAGGAGGAGGAAGAGAGCGAGGAGGAGCAAGGCAUGGACAUGGAGGAGAAAGGAAGAGGUGCCGAUAAUUCUUCCGAGAAUCCGAGUGUGACUGAGGUGGUUGACUCCAACAAAACUGCAGGGGCUUCCAAGCAAACAUUAUCUGCUGAAGAUAUGGAGGAUCAACUUGAACAGUUUACCAGCUUGAUGCAACAGAAGUUCCUGUCCGGUGAAGACUCUGAGCAUAUGGACUACUCUCGGAUCGAUAACGACGAGAUGCUGGAUGACCAUUGGUCAAAAGAAGCCAACUAUGAUGCGGAGGAGAAGUAUUUCGAAGAGGAUUAGUUCAAAGUUCAAACUAGGCUGCUGUUAUAGCAUCAGUUAUGUAGUGCAUCAUCGCAUCUCGUUUUUUUUUUGUUCAUGUUCAGCACUUACUUAGUCUAUCAUGUACAUAUAUCUAUAUAUGCAGUUGUUGCCCCUCUAAUCCGAAUAAGUUGAGUAACUUGCUUAUGAAAACUACCGUAUGUGUUGGAACAUCAAUCAGAAAAUAGGGUCCUGUCUUGUGGAGAUGUUUACAAAUUGCAAAAUAUUUUUAUGCACUACCUCCAGGAUGAUGGUGCAUGCA